GCCAGGAGUCACAGCGCACAGGACUGAGUGCAGAACCAGCGACUUAUGGAUCUUUUAGAUGCCACUUUGGUCUCACCGCAAAACUCCAGAGGUGACUUUGAAGUAACGCAGAUAAACAAGAAGCUCGAUGGCCGGUCGAAACUGUUUCAAAAAUGGCAAGUUAAAGAUUUAAUCUUGGAUUGCUAUGCGCACAAAAAUAGUUGAAGUUUCCAAACUUGAACUAAGACGAUGUUAGAGAAAACUCAAACAGUAAGCGAGCUAAGAGAGUGAGCACCCCACCUUUACUGGUUUUAUGUCCUUCAAACUGGGAGUGUCUCUGGGUGUGUGUUUGUGUGAAUAGUGAGGAGGGGUCAUGGUUGCGGUUCCUGUAGACCUUCAGGAUCCUGAUCAUUUGAUCCAAUUUAUCCUUUUGGCAGGUAAAGAGUCAGAUCUGAUACUCACUCACUAGUAUCAUCACAUUAUGAUUAAUGAUUUGAUAAGAAACACAUAUAAAGAAAUGUAGAAUCACAUCAAACAUUCUCAUUAAGUCUUACACUGAACAUGCUAAAUUACGCUGAAAUAAAACAGAUGCCAACACACUGAAACUGUGAACAACAAAAGAGUAAACACACAUGAAUGAACUUCAUCAGGAUUAAUAAUGGAUUCUAAAUACUCACAUGUAACAGAGCCGACCACUUUCUCAUCCAAACCCCCCAAAAGAAUGUAAGGCUUACAUCUGCUCAACAGAGACAAGAUGGUGUAAACCUUCAACACCAGAUCACAAUCCUUCCACAACCUCCUGUCUCUAUACAAGAUAACCAAAGAAGCCUUCCCAAAACACAAACUUUAUACCCUUUCUACUUCAAAGAGACAAAGACUGUUUAUGGCCAGCAGUAGAAAACUGCAGGACCACUCGAUCAGAUAAAAAUCUGGCAUCACAGCUUGACUGGGAAGCGUCAGGUUUAUCAGCUGUCGUGGAGGUUUUUUCCCGUUGCUGCUGGUGAAGAAUGAAAUAGAGACUUUUGUCGGCCAACAAGGUUUUAUUUAUUUUACAUUGAAAAAGGUCAAUCUGAAUCAAGAAAGACCCAGAACAUGGGGAAACAUGAACAUUUAUGCUUGAGGACCGCCCCUCAGAUAUAUAUAUCACAUAUAUAAUACAUAUGUGAUCAUACAAAAAGCAUCACUCGUACACGCAAAAAAUGAAAAAUAUUUUAAUUUUUUUUUUGAUUGCUCUUGGGGGCCCCCUACUGGCUGCAGGGCCCUAAGCGGGCGCUUAGUUCGCUUAUGCCUUGGGCCGGCUCUGCUUUAUUCUCAUAAAUUAAUGACUUCAGUCUCAAAAGUAAUGACUUUAAUCUCAAAGUCUUCAAUUAUUUUUCUUAAUGUGGCCCUUAUACCCUGUUGUAUUUAUUAUCUUCAAUCAAUCACUUGGGAGCCUUGAGUAGAAGAGUCCAGCCCUGACUCAGUGAGAUAUCAAAAUACAAAAUAUAAGGGGAUCACAAAAUAUCCAGCAGAUAAAAUCCUGAAUCGGUCAGUAUUUGGACAACGUGUUACUUCAAAACUUCUGAACCUGGUCUCUUAGUGUCAGAAACUUUAAUGUAGUGUUGCGGAAAAAGCUCUUUGAGUUUAAGUGAUUACUCAUCAUCUAGAAAGUCGCUGUUUUCUCUCCCUGUAGCUCUUCAGCAGCCCCUCAUGUUGCUGCUUAAACACACACCCUCCCACACACUGAUUCUUGCCCUCUGUGCUGCAGUUAUAUUCUUGACCCUCCCUUCCUUCCUUUCUUGAUGUACCAGCAGAGAACGCCCAGGGUGGUUUUCCAGAUCAUCAGCUUCAGACACACAUAAGAGAGCACACACAUGAAAACAGCGCUUGCAUACUGUACACGCCCACACUCAUAUAAAAACCUGAAGUACGGCGUGUUUCCUCAGAAGGAUCGGGACGUUUCACUUGCAGCAUCGCAGAGCCAACAGGAGCCGGUGUUUGACAGAGACAUCGUAUUAGCGGCACAAAGGAAACGGAUGAAGGAUGAUUACACUUAGGUGGACGAUCACACCUCUGCUGCUUUACCUGCUCAGCUCAGGUGAGUGAAAUGACAGCUGGAUGAAGGCAGAACAGAUAAAUAAGAAAAGUAGGAUUAAAAAAGACCAACUUUUCUUCAAGGGAAUAUUAGAAAAGCCCUUUUUAGGACCUCAGUACCCUCAUUUUUGGACCACAGGUAGAGGAGAUCUCAACAGCAGCAUCAUUAAGAGGAGAGUAGCAGUGCUGCAAAGUGUCUAAAAAUGCUCUCUGUGCCGAAACAAUAUUUGAAAAAACUGGGAAAUAUUUUAAUAUAAAUCAUAAAAGAUUAGGUGAAUGUGUAAUUCUGCUGAUGUUUAUUAACAUGAAUGCACUUUUGCUCAAAUAUUCCCAAGAGAUAAAAAGUCCAGUUAAACUUCUUGCGGUGUAUGACAGCAUCAGUAAAGUUAAUCACACAUUGUAAAACUAAAACAGGCGCCCCCUGAACUGACCCGGUCUGCACAAUAAGAUCUUCUUCCUACUGGCUGGGUCUCCACCCAGUUUGGAGCCAAAUUCACAAUAGGACACUUCACCCUGAGGGGAUUCAAUCAGACGAAUGUUUUUGUUUUCAUACGGGGAUUUAAGAGACGCUCACUGAGAGUUGGUACCGUGGACUAAAUCCUGUUUUGGAGUUUAUGUUUGUGAAUUUGGAAGGACGUGAGCCUCGUCUGUUUUCUUUUAGCACUGCGUGAAAUAAUUCAAAUUCAGUACUUUUGGGAAACUCUUUAGUUUAAGCUUCAUUUCAGUGAUAACUGCAUGGAGACAGAUGGAUAGAGUCAUGCAGACAGAUGGACAGAAGGAUCAAAGUGAUGCAGAGAGCCGGCGUAGAACCGUGGUGUUUUUAUUCCUGGUAGGAAGUAUGUCUCUGUCUGCAGGCGUGGGCACGUAUUCAGGGAGGGUGGAGCGGCGUUAUCAGACCUGAACUUAAAGGGACUCGCUACUAAAAUGAAGGUUCAAGCCCAGGUCUCUCAGUAUACCAAGACACUGACCCCUGAACUAGCUGUGCCAGAGGUUUCACUGUGAUAAAUAGGUCACUGAUAGGUGCUUUAAUUUGCAGCGUACGAGUGUGUCAGUGUAACGUCUCUUCUCACUGACUCAGGUUCGAGAGUAACUCAGCGUGUCAUCAUGUGACCUUAUUUUGACCUGCGAAUGCACAGCUCAGCCGGUCUUUGUUGACCUACUUGAACCACCCGUUUGUCUUAUUUAACUUGUUUAGCUGAGCGCCAUGUGGGAACCGUAACUAUAAAUUUUGACAGCCGUUAUGUUAACACACCCACCCACUCUCUCCCACACACACACACACAUAAACAUCGCAGUGGGUGAGAUCAUCUGAUAGGCGAGGAGAACUCGGUGGAACAAUGGUCAUAGAAAAGAGGAGUGAGUUCUUUGACUUGGGCAGGGUGUCCUUCCUUCCUCAGAGGAACACACUGGGUGUAUUCAGAGCUACAAAACAAUGGUUCACAAUAGAUCAGCUAAAAUGAGUAUUAUUUUACGAGAUGGCAGAAUUCAAUUGACCCCUGCGUGUGUUAUGUAAAGACAGGGAAUCAUGAGUUCAGCAACACGAAUAUGACCCAGUGAAGAGACACGUCGUGUUUGCUACAGAAACUGGACUUCUGUUUGUGGAUUGAUCUGAUCGGGACCAAUCCUGUUUGUUUCAGUCAGGUAAUAUGAUUGGACAAAUUUAAAAAACAAAACAAAAUAAAGCUCUCAGUUUAGACAUUUGAAAAUUCUUAUUUAAUCCCAACCAUCGCUAGUUAUUUAGCUUACGCUUACAAAAAUAAGUACUUUCAUAGCUCGACUUUGCGACCGUUUCACUCACAUUUGCGACUAAAAACAAUAGAUGUGUGAGAAUUGAAAAAUGUAUUUAGGGGCACGUGUGUACAAAAAAAAAUCAGCCGAGGCAACAAAUGUUUUUUCAUGUAAAUACCACGGUGAAGUUAGUUUUAGGUGUCUUCUCACUCGCCAUAACUGGGAAUAACAACAGCAGCGCGGUUAAAUCUACUUGGCACCCUCGCUGUCAACGUCAGAUGUUGAAUAAGGGACCAUCAAUAAAUUACCGGUUGAUGAGCUUCAAUGUCAUGUGACCAAUUGACCUCCAAUUGAUUUCAAAUAACACUACUAAGGUCAGACGAUAACACAUACCUCUUUGUUUCCCUAAUUUGUCCUCAUAAGAUUUUUGUUUUAAACUCUAAAGGCAAAUUUUGAACAUUUUCUUCAAUAGCCUCCAUGUCAUGAGACCAAAAGACCUAAAAUUGAUUUCAGUACUAAUGUCGACCAAUAAGACAAACAUUAUUUGAUCAAUUUUCCUUGUGAAAAAAGUUAGUGUCAAGCCCUGACUUUAUUUUGACUUGUUUAGCACACUGUAUUAAACUUAUUAUCUGUAUCUUAUAACAAGUUACGGUUUUAGAAACAAUGGCAGGGACUGUAUUGGAAAAACAGACUCAGUCUAGCUCACAAUAGAGCGGGAAACAGGCAGAGAUGGGACUGAGGUGGGUUUUUGGCCUCCAUACAAACAGCUGCAAUGUGUUCCACCUGUCUGUUGACGAGUGAUACAGAUUCAUCAUGGUUUCGACAAAAAUGUCAGAGCACUACAAGAAAAAGUCUUCAUAACGAGUUUAAGUUUUAACUGUAUGGAAUCAAAGUCAUUAUAUAACCAGGUGAGUGAAGUUGUGAUGUUGAAGUAAAAGCACAUCAGUGACAUCUUGUUGUCGGCAGAAGCUGAGGACUUUCUCAUUUGCAUGAGAAAUGUAAUUGGUUAAGCUGUUAUUGGUGGUAACAUAGGGGUUAAUAGUAAGGCUGUCAAACGAUUCAUUUGUUUUAAUCGUGAUUAAUCGCAGAAUCUUCAUAGUUAGCUGCGGUUAAUCGCGAUUUGAAUUGCAUGUUUUAAAACUCUGUUAUUUUGGAUUUCAAGGUAGUUUUGAGCCCAUAAUGUAAAGUAUUUCUUAUCAGAGUCUAAAUUGAGAAUCAAAUGACCACAAAUAAAGAAUUUCCUUUUUGAGCUUUUGUAUUCUUUCAAAAAAGUGUCAUCUAGACCAACUUAAUACAUUGUCUAUGUCAAAUACAAAUACUUAAUAGUAAUUUAAUCGACAACUUUAUUCUCAUAACAUUGUAGCUUUAAACUUGAUUUUUACUCCAAAGUGGCUCCAAUCAUCUUAAAAAUCAAAACUGUAUAUUGAAAAAAAUCAUCCUCAUACAUGUGUGUACAAAUAAAUACAUGAGCUACAUCCAAAAAACAAUUUUCACACCACGCUGUAAACCAGUUAAACUUAGCUGUGAAGUCUGGCAUUUAUUCAUGGGAUCUAAUGGGGAUUCCUCAGCUUUGGCAACCGCUCCCAAGUGGACACUCAAGGAACUGCAGUUUUUUUUUUUUACACCUCCUCUUGAUGGUUCAGCUCUGUGGGUUCCUGCCUGGUCCAGACUCUAACUUUACUCUCACUUUAAAGUUCAGUGCCUCUGGUGUAAUCUGGAUUCUUCUGAGGAUAAUUUCUGUGAUUUAUUCUAGCAGGUUCACAUAGCUGAGUGACUCAUGCUGUCUUUUUUCCCUCUCCCACCCUCUGACCUCAGCUACCUCAUCCCCGGUUUCCAUUUCCACAUCUGCUCCACCUCUUCUAUCACAGAUCUCACCUCCCUCUCCUGUUCCGACGAUCCUCCCGUCUCCUCCGUCUCCUUCGCUCAGUGCGCCUCCCCCCACCAUCAACCAAGCGGAGCUGACAGAAAAAGCCAAGUGCCCUCUGACGAUGUCCCCCUCCACACUGGUGGUCAGGUAUGCUGGGAGAAAUAUUCCUCCUGUGUCUUCUUUGUUUCUACAUUAAUCCAGAAACAGAUUUGUCAGUCGUAGUUGUUUACACCAUGGCUCCAAAUUAAUCAGAUUAGCUGGCCUGUCAUCCAUGUCUUUGUAAAUUACUAACAACUAAUUGUUUGUAAACUCUGUAACAGGUUUGGAGAUCCUGUCACGGUUAACUGCUCGUUGCGAACGCUGGGUUUCCCUCUACUUGGUUGGGAAGUCUCCUUGGUAAGGGCACAGCUACUCUCUUAAUGUGUGACAUUGAACCCCAUUUACAUUGAGAAUUAUAGCUUUAUAUUCCCCACACUCCUGCUCCACCCGACCCUCACUUAUGGAGAUCUAAACACACUUGAACUGCUUCGCUUUGGGAAGAACUCGACUCUCAGUGUCACGACCUCAUUCAGGGUGUUAACAUGUCGAUUUAUCAUCUCUGUGUGACCAAAACUGGACUUUUAAAAUGGAUGUAAACUCAUAAGUCUGACUGGAAUCAAGCUUCUCAUAGUCGGGCUAACACACCUGGAUAAUGUGGUUGGAGAUCGUGGUUGAACAGCAUAGAUGCGUUGCUAGGAAACCAAGUCAUAAGCAAAACAUUGGUAGACGAAAAAAGGAUGUAAAAGAGACAAAUGAACGGCGCAGAGCUGUAAAAGUGGCGUCUCAUUAACCCAUUGCCAGCUGUUUGAUAAAGCACUAUGCUACUGGUAUUAACAAAGUUGACCAGGCUCUCUUCAUGAAAAACAAAGUUUAGACAAAUUUAGAUUAGAGUGUAAACUUGUGUUGAUCCAGGGUAUCUGCAGGGUCUUAAAAAGUCUAAAAUCCUUUUAAAAUCCUAUAAAAUGUCUUAAAUACCAUUUUGAAAGGUUCCUCAGAUCCUGUCUACACCACCUUUUUAAGAUCUUAAAUUCAACUUGUUGAAACCUGCAGAGACCCUGUAGUAUCUGGGAUCGAGUCUGUUAGGGUGAGCCCGCUGUCAGUAGCGGGUGUUAGUGUAGCCGACUCUGGACAGAGAGACUGAGCUGAAAGGGAUCCUCAGAGGGCAGUCCAUCAUGUCCAGGACAAAAACAGAAAACCUCCCGUUAAUGACAGCUUUAUGAUUUGUGGCAACUCUAGGCGUCUCCUGCACCAACUGAGGGUCAUUUCCUGGUCUGGAGUGUUGACAAGAUGACAGAAUGGAGCAUAAACCCAAUGUGCUGGGCAUUGACUGACCAAGGAGGGCAGUGUGACAUCAACCUCCCUCUAAUAGUCUUCAGUAAGUUCUCUUUUUUUUUUUCUUGACUUUUUCAGAAAGGUGUUCAAACCCUUUCGAUUAUUUUCAUGUGCUUUUCAUUAUUUUCAUCUGUCCUCACAGAGCCUCCUGAUAGCGUGACCCUCAGCCUGCUUAACCACACGGGGCCAAUGAUGGAGGGCAAUGAGUACACUCUGCAGUGUACGGUUCAGGGCGUGGCUCCUGCCGAAAAACUCAGCGUGACCUUCUACAGAGGACAGACCGCGCUGGUUCAAACACGGACCAGCAACAACACUGAGAAGGAACCAGUGAAUGAGACCCUCACCUGGAUCAUAACUCCCAGUAAAGAGGACGACGGAGCCGAGUACUGGUGUGAGGCCACGCUAAAACUGGGACCUGAAGGACCUCGGCAUCCUCCAGUGGUGAAGUCCAAGAGACUCACUGCCACAGUGCUGUGUGAGAUUUUUUAACCUCCUUUACCUGAGUGUUCGAGUCAAAGUCAGAGCUGAGAGAGGGUCGGGAAUAAUCGAGACAAAAAGAAGUGAUAAAAAAAAAAUAAUGAGAGAGAACGUCAGAACAAAGAGAAGAUGAAUCAUGAUUAUGAGAUCAAUUAUGAGACUGACUGAAGUUUAGAUUUAAAGAUAGAAAGUUAUAAUAAUGUGAAAUAAGUCAUGGGAUAAAAAUUCCUAAUUUUAAGACACUACAAUCAGAGGAAAACUCUGACUUUUUAUCUCAUUAUAAAACUUUUUUCAUUAUUUGAACUUUUUUUUUCCUAUUUUCCCUUUUCUUUGUUUUAACUGCAACUUUUAACUCAAAUGAAUGACUUUUAAUCACUUCUGUUUUUCAAUCAGAUAACGACCUACUUUCUCAUAACUUUGACCUUCUGUAUCAUAAAAAUCAUACACCCGUAUAAUUUCCACCUUUACUAAAAAAAAUUACUUUUAUCUUCACUUUUCAAUAUUUUAACUUUAACUCAUUUUCCCUUUUUCAUUAUUUUCACUUUUCCACAUUAUUUUCACUUUUUCUCAUUAUUUUCACUUUUAAUUUUAACUUUUUCAUAAUUUUCACUUUCUUUCAUUAUUUUCACUUUUUUUCACAAUUUUCACUUUUUCCAUCAUUUUCACUUUUCAUUAUUCUCACUUUUUCUCAUAAUUUGCACUUUUAAUUUUCACUUUUAAUUUUAACUUUUUCAUGUUUACUUUUUUUCAUUAUUUUCACUUUUUCAUUAUUCUCCCUUUUUCUCAUAAUUUGCACUUCUAAUUUUCACUUUUAAUUUUAACUUUUUCAUGUUUACUUUUUUCAUUAUUUUCACUUUUUCAUUAUUAUCACUUUUUCUCAUAAUUUGCACUUUUAAUUUUAACUAUUUCGUAAUUUUCACUCUUUUUCAUAAUUUUCUUUUUUUUCAUUAUUUUUUUUACUUUUUAUCUGAUAUCAAACACUGUCUUAUUUUUCACAUUUUCUCUUGAAAUUUUGAUUAUUUAAUUUCAUAUUGUAUACUCAUUUUUAUUUUUUUUUAACUUUUUCUCUCUUGAUUUUGACACACUUUCUAAAAUACUUAUUUCAUACAUUUUUGACUUGCCUUUUUUCCUCACACUUCUGGUCAACUUCCUGUAAAGAUAGUCGACAGAUUUCUUCCUAGAUCAGGAAGAGAGUUCGACGGCGGGCGGCUCUGUUGGUAACCUCCCUCUCACUCUGACUCCUCUUCCCUCUCAGAUGGCCCACAGAUCGACUGUCCUCCAAAACUUCGGGUGAAAGAGGGGGAGAGCCUCGAGUGUGCGGUGCGAGGAAACCCUCAGCCGUUGGUCACCUGGUUCAGAGACGGGGAGGCGGUGGCUCUGCCGGCACACUCCAACAGAGAGCAUGCUGGGUAUUAUACGGUCUCUGCAAAAGGACUCAGAGAGAAAAAUUUAACAGUGAUGGUGGAGGUGCUUCCUGGUGGUGGUAAGUUUGAUGAACGUUCAUACACGUCAUUUUUGAUCACUGCAGGACUUCCUGUCAUCAGAUCACGAGUAAAGAGACAUAAGUUAAACCUGUUUUAACUGACUUGAUGUCUCCUUCUCUCUGUAGGAGCUGCAAACAGCUAUAAUAGAUGUUUCCUACUGGCCGUCCUGCUCUUUCAGACCCUUCACUGGCUCUAACAGCUCCUAAAUGAAACCAAUGGGAUGCAUCUCUCUAGGCUGUGUUGAUUUACAGCUCCUCCACUUAGAAAUGUCAGUCUCUCUCCUAUUGAUCAGAAGAAUCUGUUGAUUAUUAGUUUUAUUUUUCUACUGAGCGUGUCUCUUCACUCUGAAUCAACGGCGUCUUAUUGUAGCAAAUCUUUCUGCUGAGCGACAUCUUCUCAUCCCAUGCUGCUCCACUUCUAAAUCAGGUCUUGUAUAUAUUGAUGAACCACCGUCAUACUCUUGUGUUUCUGUACGUGUGUCGUUGGGUCUUCUUUUCCUGUUGGUCCUCAGAGGAUGUUCAUGGACUCUCGAACCCUCUGCCACACCGUGUCUUUGUCUCUCCUCUGUUCAUGUCGUCAUAUUUCUGUGGUAUGAAGAAAAGUCUGAUGUGUGCACACUCCAAGAUCCAGGUCCUUUCUCACUAAGGUAACGUCGUGUCUGCUGUACAUUAAAAUGCUGAACUAUCACAUCAUAAAGCUGUACUUUCUUGCAAAUAUUGUAAAAAUAAAAGUAUGAAACUAGGAAUACGUUCAAAAA